CGUCACGGAAACAUGGUGGCGUUCUUGGAGAUUUGCAGAUUUACUAUAAACAUUAACUUUUACGCAAUAAAUCCAUAAAUAAACGCACAAAAGUUUCCGUAUUAUAUGAUGUUUAGCACGCGUUUGCAGAGACGUGAAAACAGUAAACGAUAUUCUCUAUUUAUACUCAUAAACCUGUAAAAACUACCGACAUUGUAUUUUUGUUUGUUUCUCCAUUAUUCGAGUAACGGACAAUAGACCGCCGCAUGUUUGAAAACCGGAUCAAGUAGGAAUAUCCAGCAUCCGACAUUGAAUAAUACGGGCUAUACACGAACAUUAGAGAGUAAACAGUGCUGUAAAUAAGAAGUGAGUAGAAGCAUGUAAAUUGAGAUUCAUGUUAAUAAAUGCCGCAUUAUUCUCAUCAUCCUAAACGAAGACUUGCUUCAACACGAACAGGAAUAACUCCAGGUGUUACAGCUGAGAUCUGCGUGAGAAAUCAUUGUAAAAUGAUGUUUAUUAAAGAAGAGAGUGAGGACAUGAGUUAUCCAGAAGCAUGCAGUUCAAAUGCAAUGAAAGAUGAAGAUACUGAGGAGCAAAAAGACCUGAUGGACAUGGAAGAGGAGAAUCAAGAAUUGAAUGAAGUGGAGGAGAAACACCAUCCAGAUCAGACACGUUAUAGUUUCAAAACAAAACAAAAGUCUUUUAGUGACUCACAGACUGAAAAUCAUUUUUCACAAAAGAGAAUUAAAAGAACAAGAGUAAAACAUUAUUUUUCCUGCCCUCAGUGUGGAAAGAGUUUUGGACAUAAAGAAGAUCUUAAGCGUCACAUUCGAGUUCACACUGGUGAGAAGCCCUUCACAUGCCGUCAGUGUGGGAAGAGUUUCACACGUAAAGCAAGUCUUAAUAAGCACAUGAGAAUUCACACCGGAGAGAAGCCUUUCACAUGCCCUCAGUGUGGGAAGAGUUUCAGAGAGGCAUGUAGUCUCAAAAGUCAUUUGAUAUUUCACUCUGGAGAAAAGUCAUAUAGCUGUGAUCAGUGCAGCAAAACAUUUUCUUCUAGAUCCAUCUUAAGAACACACCGGAAUAUUCAUGCAAUUGAGAAGACUUACUUGUGUUCACUUUGUGGAAAGACUUUUUUACAGCUGAACAGUUUUAAAUAUCACCAGAGUAAACACACUGGUGUGCGAGAUCAUGUGUGCUCUGAGUGUGGGAAGGCCUUUCUAAGAGCUUACAACUUGGAACUGCACCAAAGAGUCCAUACUGGAGAAAAACCUUACAAGUGUUCAUAUUGUGAAAAGAAUUUCGCUAUUUCAGGAAACCUGAAAGCGCACGAGAGAGUACAUACUGGAGAGAGGCCGUACCACUGCACUUCAUGUGGGAAGAGUUUCACACAAUCAAGCACUCUACUGACUCACAGAAAAAAUCAUUGUCCAGGGUUGUCACACUGAGCUAAGUUAAUCUUUAUUUGCCAUGCAAAUAGGAUAAAAUACUCUUCAAAAAUAACAAUUAAGUGGGUGAACCGCUAAAUAAACUGCAGAGAUAAUUGAGCUGUCAUGGUGUGCAACAGGUAGAAGAACAUUUAAAGAAACUAAAAGGAAUUUUCGUUUCCUUUCCCUACAUUCGUUGCAUCUUAGCUCCUUCCAUUUAGGAUGUGAGGAUGCAAGGAAAGGAAAUGAGACAGAGUAAUUAAAGCAAGAUGCAUUUGUGAAAUUGAAUGUCCUUGCUCAGGACAUUCCAUUAAGUUGCAAGUAUCUGUAUAAGUUCAAAUGUUCCAACACUUCCAGCAAGUUGACAGUAUAUCUCUCACUUUUCUUUAAGCCAAGAAAUGUAAAAUCUACAAUUAUGUCAUACCUGAAACUGGGAUUUAAGGUUUUGAUUGAUCUGACAUAAGAUAUAUCUUAAUAUUUAUUGUGUUUUCAAGUAUUCAUACCACAUGUGCAAAUAUGACACUGUGACAUACCAAUUACCUUGCUGACUUUGUUGCCAUUAUCCACAUAUCACAUUUCAUUGAAAACUACAGAAGAAAUAAAAGAAUGGCUAAAGUCUAUUCCAGUGACAUUGAGAAUUGGCCAUACUAGGCCAACAAUAGGGCAAAAUAUAUUUAAGUCGAUUAAAAAAAAAAAAACCAUUUCAUUAACAUUUUCAUUUGUUAGGGUUUGGUGGCACAUGGGGAUGAUUAUCUCUAUGCUUCAGCAGACCGGUUUGUGUGUCCUGACCUGCAGUUCUGUUACAGGAGUAUGGCACUGUAAGUGGUAAAGCCAUGACAGAAGCUUAGGAGAGGCAGGUUGCAGUGAUACAACAGUGAUGGAGGGGAGAAACUUCAAAAAGCAGCCAAGACAUGCCAGAGAGGAGAGAGAAGAACACAAGUGCGACAUGAGAUAUUAAGAGAGUGUAUUUAGAAUGUAUGUUAUUUAGAGUCUGGUUUGAGAGGUUAUCUUCAGAGUUUUUGUUUGAGUGAAGAGCAAAUAAAGUCUUCGUUGUUUACCCUAUCCUCCUGUGACCGAACUUCCAAACUUCUCACAAAAGUAAAAACGCAUUCAUACACUGGAAGCUGCAAUUGUAGAUGUCUCCCGUUAUCAUAUUAAUAGGCAAAGAUGUAAACAGCUGAUUAAAAUGCUUUGUCUCAUCUAAUGUUAACCAUUUAAAAUUUGCACUGAACUUCAAUCUUAGUGGCUGUUUGUUCUUCUGUAACUAUGUAGAUAUGGUGUCGCUCUGUUCAGGGAUAUAAUCUGAGGGUACACACAAAAAUCUGCCUAAUAAACCUUAUAUCUGGGCAUGCUCCCAGGGGAGAUUUGUUUUGUUGCAAAAAAACAACACCAAAGCGUUCAAUUCUGGUGACUUUAAGAUAAACAUUAGUUUUAUUUUCUUGAGUGUGAUUAGCAUUCACGUAACUACUGGCUAAAGCAUUUCUUUCAGUAAUCGUUCAGACAGACGCGUUUUCACAUUAACAAAGCAAAAUGCACCACAACGAAUAGAGCAGAACGCAAGUGUCUUGAGUUAUUUUAAUUUGACACAUCAUCUUAAAAUGCAGCGCUCCCGUGAGAGAUGCUAAAAACAGUGAAACGUGAUGCAGUUGUCAAAAGACAUUCCAUCCAUGGAAAACGAUUGAUUAACAGUGUGAGCGGAUGCAAAAACACAUUCAGUUUGAACAGCCCCUUGUUCACAUGACCGAGCACUAGCUCAAGUUUCUGAAGUUACCUCUCAAAAAGACAGCCUUUUGAUUCAGUUAAUUGUUGUUACAUUUCCACUGUAUGCAGCAUUGAUUGUUGUCUUUAUUCAUAAAUAUCUUGAUACUGUUUUACUGUGUGAGGAAACUGCUCCAAAUGAUUCAGUGAGAGCGCUCUGAAUGAAUUGUACUGAAUCGUGAAUUAAUUCAGCCUGUUUGGCCAAUUCACUGAAAAGAACUGACUCAAAAGAAUCAUUCAUUCGAAAAUUGGGCUUUUAAACAGACAACAGAAAUACAAGACACAUUUUAUGAUUGAUGAAAUAUUCUUUGAGUAAAUAUUUCUCAGUGCAUAGGGCUUGUUGGCGCUGCCAUCUCAAUUAGAGCUAGGUAACCGGUAAUAGUAGUACAUGACGAAGGAUUUACAACUCAGACAUUAUCUGGCGUUUAGCCUGCACUCCCGCACAAGAGAGCAGCGGCCAUUUUAUUAUUGAUUGCACACCUGUGUAUGUUACUCCACCCACAUCAUAAUCACAGUCAAUUAGAGAGCAUAUACAAUUACAUAGAUUAACACCCCUCCUUGUUCUUAAAUUGACAGAAUAUAACACAAUGAGUCACAUGCAUCUCCGAAUUACAAUUAAUUCACACUCCAAAUAAAAAACACAUAAAUUUAUCCAUUUUAGCUUUAGACACAGAUUUUGUUAAAAUGUCUGCCACCAUAUCAACUGUAGGACAAUAAUAAAGAAUUAUUUUGCCGUCAUUCAGUACAGAUCGAACAAAAUGAUACCUUAUGUCAAUAUGCUUACACCUUUGUCGACACACCGGAUUCUUUGAAAGUGCAAUAGCACCCUGAUUGUCCCCAAAAAUAGUCACUGGUGCAUAUUCAAUUACAUUAUCCAUUCCAUUGAUUAGAUUGGUCAGAUACAAGCUUUCUUGUGCAGUAGCUGAUAAAGCCAUAUAUUCUGCUUCACAUGUGGAUAAAGCAACAGUUUGUUGUUUCUUAGACUUCCAAGAGACAACAGGCCCAUUCUUAGACAAACUGAAACAGCAGCCAGUAAUACUAUGCCUGUCAUUUAAGUCUGCUGCCCAGUCUGCAUCGCUAUAAGCCACAAGUUUCAGAUUUACAUCACUUUUCUUAUAACAUAAUUCCAAGUCUGCUGUACCUUUCAAAUACCUCAACACAUGUUUAGCAGCCACCCAAUGUUGUUCUUUUGGUGCCCUUAGAUAUUGUGACAAUUUACUAACUAUGAAGCUUAAAUCUGGGCGAGUACUUGUCAUCAUUAAACUACCAAUCACUUCACGAUACCUUUUUAAGUCAACAGGUUCACCAUCAUUGUCAAAUUUUACUUUGAUUUCACAUGGGGUUGAUCUUGGUUUGCAGUGAGUCAUAUCAAAUCUCUCCAGAAUUUUUUAAAUGUAUCUUUCCUGAUUCAUUUUUACUUUACCAUGUUCUUGCGUAAAGUCAAUGCCUAAGAAAUGUCGAAGUUUUCCCAGAUCUUUAACUUUGAAUUUAAUUCCCAACAUUUCCUUCACAUCUCUGAGUAUUUGAUCAUUACUCGCUGCAACAAUAAGAUAAUCAACCCAAAUAAUCAGUAUGAUUCUGUCUUCAUCAAUUUGUUUACUGUAAACACAAUUAUCUGUUGAGUUUUGAACAAAAUCAUUUUCAAUUAAGAAAUUGGAACAAGAUGUUGAAUGAUUUCGUCCUGAUUGUUUCAGACCAUACAGUGAUUUAUUGAGCUUACAUACCAAUUCUUCUCCUGUUUUUGACUUAACUUCAAAUCCUUCAGGUUGCUUCAUAUAAAUUUCACAAUCUAUAGGAGCAUGCAGAUAUGCAGUUUUAACAUCCAUCUGAUGUAACUCUAAA